CAGCUGCUCCCGGCCGGCUGGAGCGGCGCCAGCCCCGGCUUUCCCUCCGCCGGAGGGCUCGGGGCGGGGCGGCUGCAUCCCCGCCCCCCGACCCUUCCUUCCCGCUCUGCCCGCGAGGAACAUGGCCGGGAGCGGCGAGGAGGCGCCAGGCGGCGGGCGCGGCGUCGUGAUUAAGGACAAUUGGCCUGGCUACGACUUGAACUUGUUCACGUACCCGCAGCACUAUUCCGGCGACCUGGAGUAUGUGCUCAUACCGCAUGGCAUCAUCGUGGACAGAAUUGAGAGGCUGGCCAAGGACAUUAUGAAGGACAUAGGCUACUGUGACCUCAUGGUCCUGUGUGUGCUGAAAGGGGGCUACAAAUUCUGCGCUGACCUGGUCGAGCACCUGAAGAACAUCAGCCGGAACUCGGAUCAGUUCGUCUCCAUGAAGGUCGACUUCAUCCGGCUGAAAAGUUACAGGGCAUUUGGUUCAAAUAGGGUGUCUCUAAUAACCGCAUCAUGGCGUCCACUUUCUGGUAGCAGAAGUCACGGGAGUUUAUCCAAGAACGAUCAGUCCAUGGGCGAGAUGCAGAUCAUCGGAGGAGAGGAUCUCUCAACCCUGGCUGGCAAGAAUGUCCUCAUUGUUGAGGACGUCGUAGGGACCGGGAGGACCAUGCGAGCCCUGCUCAGCAGCAUUCGGACGUACCGGCCCAACAUGAUCAAGGUCGCCAGUUUGUUGGUGAAGAGAACGCCCAGAAGUGACAGCUUCCGGCCCAACUAUGUUGGCUUCGAGAUUCCUAACUUAUUUGUGGUGGGAUAUGCCUUGGAUUACAACGAGUACUUCAGAGAUCUGAACCACAUUUGCGUGAUCAAUGAGCACGGUAAAGAAAAAUACCGGGUCUGAGGACGUAAGAACCGUCGGCACAGAACCCCCAGAUGACGUCAUCCCAUCGCACUGACCACUGCUUUUCAUGCAGAGUUUGUCUGCUCCAGCGACGUCACUCAGCAGGCUUGGAAAGAGAAGAAAAGUUACAGUGUAUUCUCGGCGAAAGUUCUCAAGGAGAGAAAGCCAUGCUUCGAUUUGACAGGUUCCAAAUCAAACACUGCACCCUGGAGACUCAGAACUCCAUGCCACAAGCUCCGUCCACCAGAUCUGGCCAUCGCCCUCCAAGCCUACUCCCAGGAAUGCCCCACCCCCUCCCAGAUAUUUGAAGCUCCAGCUUCAAGCCCAUCUACGAGGUUCUCAUGGUCCGAACAGGAGAGAAAGGACCAGUGGGCGGGCCGGAUCGGCUUGUGUUUGCAUGCGUCUGACAGCACGUUAGUAUCUGCUUGGACGGAGCUUUCCCGAAGCGCAGGGCACCGCAUAUCUUAACGAUGUUGUGACAAGCGCUCCGGCAAGGUGAUGACAGCCCGUCACGUCUGCGUGGACGGGCUCAACCAUGGCACAUACCCUGAAUCUUAAUUAGGACAAACACAAUGGCAGCAAGGCCCUCGCUUGUAAGCUGCAUCUUUUGAUUUACUGCAAAUGGCAGACGGCGGUUGGGCGUGGUUCCAGUGCUCAGAGCUCAGCAAGGCUAGGUUCUUCCUGUGACAUCAGAGCACAGGACAGCGAUGGGUCACGUCCUGAACUCGAACACAGGGCCUGGAUGGUGGGUGUUUCUAAGUGUCCUUGUCACACUGACCUCGGAAUCCAAGGUGCCACAGGAAACAAGCAUUUUUUUUUUUUUAGGGAAUAACAUUUUCCCCCAUUUUUACGGCUUAAUGAGACAUUUUCUAAUGGAUGGGGUUUUAACGGAAAAUAAACAUGGGUCCCAAUACAGCUGGUUUUUUUUCUCACUUCCUCAAAGGAGCAAACGCAGAAUAACUAAGAAGCCUUUGUCUUUGAACCAUAUGUGGGGAAUUGUUGUUAGAUUCUAGCUUCCUUCACACUAAUAAAGACCGAGGGAGCUUGUUAUGUUUCAUAA